GUAAUAUUUCUGCAUGUUUUUCUUACUAAGAGGAGAAUUUCUGUACUUCAUCGUCUAUAGUUUUCAAUUUUAAUUUCUUGGAAAGAUUUUGAAGUUGAUAUGCUGUCAGAAUAGUUACCCAUAAUUUGUAUGGGGACUCGGGGCAUAAUGUUUUUGUGCAAAUUUUUAAGAGCUUAUGUCUCGAGUACACUGAUCAAACUCCUUGCUUUGAUUCUUUAAACUAAUGUUGUUGAUGCUUAGGACCCAAUGUGAGUUGCUCCUAUAUUAUGGAAAUUGUUGUGUGUAUAAUGUUUACAUGGUUCUGUUUGUUCAUUUCGGGUACUUGAAGGUUGUUUCUUCUCACUCACUUAAGUAGUUCACCGAGGGAAAUCUGUGAAUUUGUUAUGAUAUGAUAAGGAACCCGGGCAAAUAGCAAUUCAAUGUGGCUGAUUAGGUUUCGGGAUUGGGUCAGUACAUUUUGAAAUGCAUAGGAUGCCUUGGAAGUGAAUUUGUUCUGCAUGUCAACUGUGAUUGUGUGUUGGAUUUUAUGUUUGAGAUUCAACUAAAAUUGUCAGUAUUGUCGCUUUAGGGAGUUAAAGUUGAGGGUGGUCUGCGAUGUUUCAUACACUUGACAUUUUAAGCACUCAGUAGAGAUUGGCAAUUACAGUUAUUCGUGUUGUUCGUAAUCAUUUUGCAUGGGUGCCUAAAUAUGUUUGACUCUUUCUUUUGGGUGGGCUUGUGCAGCUUAUGUCAGGUUUAGUGAGAGUAAACAAAUGAAGACUUGAGCACUCAAAUUAGAUCAGUCUGCCGACAGUAUCUGUUGUGAUGCCUUUAACAGGAUUUGGAGAACACAAUUUUCACGAUUGGAGAAGUGAGGUUUGAGAUGGAGGAGAGUGGUUUGCGAUAUACUGACCGACAAUACUACAAUUCUGGCAUGGACCCAAACGCUGAAGAAGGAUCCAGUACCGACAAUUCGGAUGAGGAGAUUGAAUACACAAAUUUGAUGGAAGAGGCAGAAAUGCAAGAUUGUACACGAUACAGAGGGAAGCUGUAUAAGGAUUUGAAAUUAGAGGAUUUGAAGGAAGUUGAGUUUAAUAGCAUCGAGGAAGUGGACAAGUUCUACUCUUACUAUUCUCUAGCGAAGGGGUUCAGUGUAAGGAAGCAGAAGCUUGACAAGAACCGUGCGGGACUAGUCAUUAGAAGACAGUUGGUUUGCUCGAAGCAAGGGAAGCGAAGAGCCCCAAAAGAUACUAUUAGUCAUCAGCAAGGGUCGAAGGGGAAGCAGGACAAUUGUCAGCUAAGUUCAAUUGGGAAUUGUCAACAGAACUCGACAAAUAUCAGUGGGCAGAACCCUCACAAAAAGCAGUGCACUGAAACCCGACGAGCAACAAGAGUUAAUUGUCCAGCAAGUUUUGUUGUUAGGUUUUGUACCAAAAGGAGGGUGUACUAUGCCUCAGAAUUCAUAACUGAACACAACCAUGCUUUGGGUAGACCCGAGCAUCGUCAGUUUCGAAGAUCACACCUCAGGGACCGCAACCUUGCUCAGCUUAAUGCAUCAAGGAAAAUUGUAGUGAGAACAUGCCAUGCUUAUGAGUUCUUGGUACACCAAGCUGGAGGCUACGAGUUUGUUGGAUUAUACAACAAACCACAGGGUGAAAGGAAAGAAGUAGUGAUGGAUGGGGAUGCACAGUCUUUGGUAACUUGGAUGAAUUUCAAGGCAAUGCGGGACCCCCAUUUUUAUUGCAUAUUCAGUGUUGAUAAGGAGGGGAGGCUUGCAAAUGUGUUUUGGCGAGAUGGGCAGUCGUUAACCGAUUACAAUGCUUUUGGUGAGGUUCUGAUUUUCGACAGCAGUGAAAAAUGCAACAUAUAUGGCAAGCCCUUGGCUGUAUUCGUCGGGUGUAAUAACCACAGAGCCACAGUCCUUUUUGGUUAUGCAUUGUUAGUAGAUGAAACAAAGGAAACAUAUGAUUGGGUGAUUACAUGCUUUCUGACCUCCAUGCGUGGGAAAAAACCAAUUUCGGUGAUCACAAAUAGUGAUGAUGCGAUAUGCGAUGUGGUAACGAAUUUGAUACCAAGGGCUAGACACCGACUUUGUGCAUGGCAUGUCGGGAAAAAUGUGUGUCAGCAUUUGAAAGACGUGGAUACACAGAGACACUUUUUCCAUUUGAUUUUUGCUGGACUUACUAUUGAGGAAUGGGAAAUGGCUUGGCAGUACUUUGUGGCAAUGAACCGGCUGGAAAACAAUGAAUGGGUGACUAGUAUGUACAAUAAACGUGAAAGGUGGGCGGAGGCCUUUUUACGAGACCAUUUUUUUGGAGGAAUCUGCAGCACCCAACGAUGUGACAGGAUGCAUAGAAAUCUUGAAGAAGGUAUUGACCGUUAUAUGAGGCUGUAUGAGGUCUUGCCCCGGAUGGAGAAAACAAUUGAGCGGAUAAGAAAUCAGGUCCUACAGGAUGAUUACCAAUCACAGAACUAUGACCCUGUGUAUGGCAGCCACAUGCGUUGUUUGCAGGAGGAGAUUGGGAAAAGGUUCACCCAUGACAUCUUUCUCUUAAUCAAGGAGCAGAUUAAUUUUGAGUCCAAGUUUGUUAUUGGGCCGAGAAGUGUUCAUCCAAAAACUGGUGCAUCAUUGAUUUCGCUGAUGCAAUAUGGAAAGCCUGAGCGGAGGUGGAUUGUGUCGUACCAGCCUGAUGAAAGCAAUCCAACAUUAGUGUGUUCUUGCAAACUGUUCGAGUCUGAUGGAAUUCCCUGUUGUCACAUUUUUGCUGUCAUGAAAUUUGAGAUGCUCACAACAUUCCCAGAAUCGUUGGUGAAUAAAAGGUGGACAAAAGAAGCCACUGUUAAGACAGCAAUAUCGAGUUCCGGUUUGGUUAGUAACAUGUCUGUGCAGAUUGCACGGUAUGGUGAAUUGAUGGUACAGUGUGCUAAAAUCUGCCAUAUUGCUUCCUAUAGUGAGGAGGGGUACAAUGAGAUCAGAGAAGCUCUGAGCCAGCUGACCAUACGAUCCCAAAAGUACAGCGGUGAGAGUGAGUUUGAAAAUGGUGUCCAUAGCCAAAGCCAGCCCAUGAAUUUGACUCAUCACCUCGAAGAAGCCCGGGCAUUUGAGUUUUUUGCUGGGUAUGAGAAAAGUAAAAAUGCCGCUUUGGACUCCCAAAUUACUGGACUUCCAGAUUUCUUUCAAAACUUCAGGCCCUUUCCCAAUGUGUGACCACCUUUGUGUGCAUCAGACGCCGAGGACAACUAAUCUUUUGAUUCCAGUGACAUGGCCAUGAAAUUGUGCGCAGAUUUGCGGAUGGGGCAAUGCCAUGUUUUUAUUAACAAUUUUUUGUGGCUACUCCAAAUUCAGGUGUACGCUGUCAUCCAUUUUCCAGUCUGCAUUUUCAGGGGACAGGAAAUAGUUUGGCCACCUCCACAUCAUGCCGAAAACAAGCUUCACUUUAGAACAUGGAAUUGAAUUGGUUGUUGUACUUGUUGAGUGAUAACUUGGUUGGCAGAACAGUCUACAUGGCAGAAUUUAUCAUAUAUUUUGGACUCUGUAACCUUCCUGUGCUGUUUUUACUUUCUUAUUGUGUAAGAUAACAGAGAAAUGUUAGUUCUCCUUUUCGCUGGUAUAUAUGUCGGUUCACAUUCCUACUUCAA